AAUUGUGACCCACUGUCACAGCACCAGACACAGUUUUUGGGGUCACUGAGCAAAGCGGAGACUGAAAAAAGGUAGAUCUUGGUCCCAUCCAUUUCCUCGGCAUCCAGCCCACUCCCUACCUUCGAUGAUGCCUGGACUGUGGACCAGAACUGCAAUCUUGGCAGGUGGUAUGUCUCCUCCCUCAGGUUGUUUACACUUGCUCGCCCUCCUAAUUUUGCCGCGCCUCUCGCCAGGAGUCCAUUGUUGGAUCUGCAAUCGUCAACGCCCAGAUCAAGGUCGCACUUGGUGGGUCAAAAAGAUCAGACCCUUGGCGACACCGUAUGCUCUGUCUUUUUCAGUGGUAGUAGCGAGAGCAACAGCAGCCACCCAAUGUUGCGAGGCACUGUCAAAGCCCUGAUGGAUAGGGGCUAAUGCAGGCUGAUGCUAUAUCUGUGCUGCUCCGCUUCUAUACUGGGUUUGUGGUUCACACUCAUUGGCUUUAUCAACAGAUUCGAAUUGGCUGUGCUAAACUCAUCACGGACCCUCACUUGGGCC